UUAGAUACCUAGCUACUAUUGGAGUUUAAACAAAUUUAGGGAUUAUUAUGGCAUCAAAUGAAAGUAAGUACGUGAAACACAACCUACCUCACAUACGACAACGCUUCAACUGGGAUUGUGGGAUAGCAUGUAUCCUCAUGCUUAUAUCUGAGCAACAAAGGAAUGAAUUUCUCGAAGGCUUUAAAAGAAUAUGUUUAGAAGAGGGUUUCGGGAAAUCUACGUGGACUAUAGAUCUCUGCUAUUUGCUGAAGAGGUUCAAUAUUAAGCAUCGCAUGUACACAUCGAUUCAGGCAGCGAACAAUAGAACUCUUGGUGAAGAGGUGAAGGAUCGUGUUUGGAACCGAUUCAGAAAUGCUUCAUACAAUGGCAUCUCAGUGGUGGAGGGUGCACUCUCGACAAAACAGCUUAUCACACAUGUGGUAACAACUGGGCCGGCGAUCGCGUUGGUAGACGCUGCACUACUGUCCUGCGAUUGGUGCAAACACAACAAGAUGGCGUCAGAAUUCAGGCGCAUAUUCGGUGGAAACUACCAAGGCCAUUACAUAGUGGCAGUGGGAUGGUUUGACGGCAAGCUGCUUUACCACAAUCCUGCAAGGCAGCAUUCGCUCUGCGCCACAACACCCAAGAGGCUGCAUGCUGCGAGAUUGGCGCCUGGCACUGAUUACGACCUCAUACUAGUUUAUAACUAUAAGAAAUAAUAAUAAACAACUAUUUUACUAGCAUAUACUUAAUU